UUGAGUCACCAUUCUCAACUUCUAAUUCAUAACUCAUAAGAGAGAGAAAAGUUAAGAAAAAGGCAAAGAGGUUCCCAAAUUAGAGCUUUCUAGUUCUUCUAGCACUCUCAUUCCCUCACUCUUCUUCUUCUUCAUCUUUCUCUCUCUCUGUAUUUUUCUCCCAGAAAACAAAAAUAAAACAGAUCCUAAAUUCACGGUUUUUUGAAUUGAAAAUUUUUGUAAGAAAAAUCUAAAAAUGUUCAUCGAUAAUUUCAAGGUAGAAAGCCCAAAUGUUACCUACACUGAGAAUGAAAUUCAUUCGGUUUAUAAUUAUGAAACCACUGAAUUGGUUCACGAAAUCGCAAAGGUUGCGUAUCAGUGGAUCGUCAAACCUAAAUCUGAAUAUGAGUUUAAAACUGACACCCACGUCCCUAAACUUGGGGUGAUGUUGGUUGGAUGGGGUGGCAACAACGGUUGUACCCUCACCGGUGGUGUCAUCGCUAACCGCGAGGGAAUUUCAUGGGCAACAAAGGACAAGAUUCAGCAAGCCAAUUAUUUUGGAUCCCUAACUCAGGCAUCCUCAAUUCGUGUUGGUUCUUUCAAUGGAGAAGAAAUUUAUGCUCCUUUCAAGAGCCUCCUUCCCAUGGUGAACCCAGAUGACAUAGUGUUUGGGGGUUGGGACAUAAGUGACAUGAAUUUGGCAGAUGCGAUGACCAGGGCAAAGGUCUUGGACAUUGAUUUGCAAAAGCAAUUGAGGCCCUACAUGGAGCACAUGAUUCCCCUCCCUGGAAUUUAUGAUCCUGAUUUUAUUGCUGCCAACCAAGAUUCUCGUGCUAAUAACAUCAUUAAGGGCACUAAAAAGGAGCAAGUUGAGCAAGUCAUUAAGGACAUCAGGGAGUUCAAGGAGAAGAACAAAGUGGACAAAGUAGUGGUGCUUUGGACAGCAAACACAGAGAGGUACAGCAAUGUGGUGGAAGGGCUGAAUGACACCACAGAGAACCUGUUGGCAUCCGUUGAAAGGAACGAGUCCGAGAUCUCACCAUCGACUUUGUUUGCACUUGCUUGUGUCCUUGAAAACAUACCUUUCAUCAAUGGUAGUCCUCAGAACACCUUUGUCCCUGGACUCAUAGAGCUCGCCACUAAGAAUAACAGUUUAAUCGGAGGAGAUGACUUCAAGAGUGGUCAGACUAAGAUGAAAUCCGUGCUUGUGGAUUUCCUUGUUGGGGCUGGUAUUAAGCCGACAUCAAUUGUGAGCUACAACCACUUGGGAAACAAUGACGGGAUGAACCUUUCAGCACCUCAGACCUUCAGGUCUAAAGAGAUAUCAAAGAGUAAUGUGGUUGAUGACAUGGUUGCUAGUAAUGGUAUCUUAUAUGAGCCUGGUGAACACCCUGAUCAUGUUGUUGUCAUUAAGUAUGUUCCAUAUGUGGGAGACAGCAAGAGAGCCAUGGAUGAGUACACAUCCGAGAUAUUCAUGGGCGGAAAGAACACCAUCGUCCUGCACAACACCUGUGAAGACUCUCUCUUGGCUGCACCGAUUAUCCUCGAUUUGGUCCUCCUUGCUGAGCUUAGCACCCGCAUUGAAUUCAAGGCUGAAACAGAGGACAAGUUCCACUCCUUCCAUCCAGUUGCUACCAUACUCAGUUACCUUACUAAAGCACCUCUUGUUCCACCGGGCACUCCUGUGGUGAACGCGCUCUCGAAACAGAGGGCAAUGCUGGAGAACAUUAUGAGGGCAUGCGUCGGUUUAGCUCCUGAGAACAACAUGAUUCUCGAGUACAAGUAGAGUAGCAUCUACACAAGCAGCACAGCAGCAGCAGCCGCCACAGCCACAGCCACAGCCACAUCCCCCAAAGGGCGCUUCGCAAAUAAAAGAGACGUUGAUCUGGAAGUUGUUAAUUUGUGCUUAUUGCUGUUGUGUUUUCGCAUUAGUGACUGGAAAGGCAGCACCCAUUAAUGAAAUUUUAGCUUUGUGGUGGUCUUGCCCCUUUUUUUCUGUCUUCAUUAUUUCUGUUUUAAAAUGUUUCUUAGGUCCAUCAACUUUUCCUGGUAGUGGAUCCCUUGUCCGUCUUUGUAAUGUAUAGUUGUUGGUGUUAGCAAUAUUGAGAGUAAUGCAGUUUUUCUCUGCUUAGCUUAAUCUAUGUAAUUAUGGAAUUAUUAAGUAUUGCCUAAGUUUGCUGUGGUUA